AUGUCAUCCAAGAUUCUUCUUCAGUUCAAAGCAGGACGAUGCUUCAGGGACGGAGCCACCAACACAGUCAAGCCAGAUGCCACCAAAGGGUUGGUCUAUAUGGAGGAGGAGGACGGCCUGUUGCACUUUUUCUGGAAGAACAGGACAACAAACUCAGUUGAGGACGAUCUGAUCUUGUUCCCAGGAGACGCAGAACUGCUGAAGGUCGACGAGUGCACAACAGGAAGAGUCCUCGUCCUCAAGUUCAAAUCAUCUUCACAAAAGCUCUUCUUCUGGCUUCAGGAGUCCAACUCCGACCGGGAUCAGAUCGUCUUGCAACAGGCAAACACCCUCAUCAACCAGGGCAGCGAUGGCGGUUUCGGAGAUGACGAUGUCAACAUGGAGUAA